UCUUCUACAACUCUCCUCUGCUACUACAACCAAAACCUACCAACCAUGAGCCACUCCGCCCUGCAUUCUACUUCUUACCGCCGCACUUUCGGUAGCCCUCAUCCCAUCUCUAUGUCCUCCUAUUCUUCCGUAUCCUCGCGAAUGCCAUCAGGUGGUCGCUAUGGCCACUCCAUGUCUCCUAUGCGUUCAACUACAUCCACAUCCUACCACUCUCAACGCAGCUCGAGACCCCAGCAGCCCCCACGAAUCUCCUAUGACAAAGUUGACUUCACGCUAGCCGAAGCCAUCAACCAGGAUUUCCUAGCCACCAGGAGCAACGAGAAAGCCGAACUGCAAGAGCUGAAUGAUCGUUUCGCCAGUUUUAUCGAGAAAGUGAGGUACCUGGAGCAGCAGAAUGGAGCAUUGACCCAAGAGCUGAAUCAGUUUAAGGGGCAGGCGCAGCAGGGGCAGCCCAACCGUGCCACUGAUCUGUUCCAGGAGGAGAUGAGGGAGAUGCGCAGGCAGAUGGAAGCCAUCGGGAAAGAGAGGGACCAGUAUCAGAUGGAGAGAGAUAACCUGGCGGAAGACCUGAACCUGCUCAAGCAAAGACUGGAUGAGGAGACCCAGAAAAGGGCGGAUGCAGAGAAUAACCUGGUUGCAUUCCGUAAGGAUGUGGACGAUGCCACUUUAUCUCGUCUGGAGCUGGAGAGGAAGAUCGAGUCUUUGAUGGACGAGAUUGAAUUCCUCAAGAAACUCCAUGAUGAGGAGAUCCAGGACGUGCAGGUGAGCGUGCAGACCCAUCAGCUGAAGAUGGAGGUGGAGAGCACAAACCGUCCUGACCUGACCGGAGCUCUGCGUGACAUCAGGGCUCAGUACGAGAACAUUGCCAUGAAGAACAUGCAGGAGUCUGAGGAGUGGUACAAGUCCAAGUUUGCAGAUCUAACUGAGUCUGCCAAACGUAACACUGACGCUCUGAGGCAGGCCAAACAGGAGGCUAAUGAGUCCAGGAGGCAGAUUCAGUCCCUCAACUGUGAGAUCGAUGCUCUCAAGAACACGAACGAGGCUCUGCUGCGUCAGAUGCGAGAGAUGGAGGACCAGUUUGGCAACGAGAUCACAAACUACCAGGACAAUGUGUCUCGUCUGGAGGAGGAGAUCCGACACCUGAAGGAGGAGAUGGCCCGACAUCUGCGCGAGUACCAGGACCUGCUCAAUGUCAAGAUGGCCCUGGACAUCGAGAUCGCCACCUACAGGAAGCUGCUGGAAGGAGAGGAGAGCAGGAUUACUAUUCCCAUCGGUAUGGGCAUGACUAACCAUCUUGGAGACCGUGGUAAGUACUAUGAGCAGACUCCCAGGGAUCAGGGCAAGAAGCCGGUGGUCAUCAAGACUGUGGAGACCCGUGAUGGAGAGGUUGUAAAGGAGUCCAGGACAGAGAAGGACUCUCGCCGUGGCAAGGAUGAAAACGACGAUUAGACCAACCAAUACCAGGAAGCCAGUGCCAUG